AUGACAACAAGCGGAGAUAGCGGCGGAGGGUGGCUCUGCGACAGCAGCAGACGGAGGAGGGUCGGACGUCCGCUGCUUCUUGGUCGGCUGCUAGGUGCGAGGGAGAAGGUUCGAUCGGUGAUGAGAGAGGUGUCUCCGGGUCUUGACGAGAAGAAGAAAGAACGGGAUGGGGGUAGGGCAGCAAUGAGGGUCGAUGGGGUCCGAAGAGAUGGAAGGCGUGAAGAAGCAGCGAAGUCUUCUUCGUCUCUUCCGGCUGUGAGGUGUGAGGUCUGGACAUUGCAAGCUGGUGGGGAUUCGGUGGUGAAGGUCGACGGGAAAGAGGAAAAGUCUCGAUUGAAGAGGAAUCAGCAACAGCAAAAUGUUUGA